GAGUAUUCAGUUUGUCAGGGAUAGUUUUCUUCUAUGGAUAUGGGUAAAUUGCGAUUACAGCCACUGAAUUUGCGUAUGGGGAGUAGAACUUCACCGAAGCGUUUCCUCUACGAAGACUACAGUUGAUGCUUGCCACAGAGGGUGAUCAAGCUGUGCCCAUUUAGGUUCAUGUACUGAAACGGAGACAACGGUGCUUUCGCCUGAUCGCUGCUUAGUGCCGUAAACAUCCAGGCCUUCGCUAUGAGGGCACUUGCAGGUGGUUUCCACAGCAUUGAUUGAUAGGAGUCAUUCCGAAGGAUCCUUCAAUUUAUCUCUCUCUCGACUGCUUUGACUGCUCAUAGGGAGCUGCUGGCUUUCCAAGCUGUCACCGUACGUAUUGUUGUUGCCCAGCUCGAUUCUAUUCCUAAUUGCUGUCUGAGGUCCCCACUCAUUCUGACUAGUCACACUCAUUCACGAUGUCAGGGGGGAAUAAGGUUUUUGAGAUCACAGUGAUGGGUAGUGGUGGCAGCAAGAGAUGUUCUUAGUGACGGCAUUACCUUCCUGCGAGACUCCUGCCCUUCGUCUAGUUUCUCAGCUGUAUUGAGCACACUCUGUUGGGAUUUUGAUUUGGGUACAAGGCAUAGUGUGAGAAUAAUUCCUUGAAGGAGCUGGAUAUUUUCUCAUCACCUGCAUGCUCAAGAGUACUUUCGUUGUAGAGUAGUUCAGGAGAACUGUCUAUUUGAGCGAGAGAUACUAGGUAGCUAGAAUGAUGACGGAAGUCCGGCAAUGGCCGGCAUUGAUGAAGCUUCUCCCCCAGGUUACGAUGAUAUUCGUGCUCUGCUCUUGGGGCGUACCGAUUUUAGCAAUCUCAUUGCCUGACGAAGUGCACAUUCUUGUGAACAUUAAGGCGACAUUUGUGAAUGGUGAGAAGGAGCUGGAAGACUGGAGCGUGGGAAGCCAAUCUCCGUGUGAAUGGACGGGUGUGACCUGCAACAACGUUACUUUCGAAGUGACAGCACUAAAUUUGUCGGCACUAGCCCUUGGAGGAGAGAUCUCUCCGUUGAUUGGACUCUUGGAAAGCCUUCAAGUCUUGGACCUCAGCGGUAACAAUAUAUCUGGACAAAUUCCGGUUGGAAUCUGCAACUGCACGAACUUGAUCCAUUUAGAUUUGUCUUCGAAUAAACUCGUUGGCGAGAUUCCAUAUCUUUUAUCGCAAUUGCAGCUGCUUGAGUUCUUGAAUCUGAGGAGUAACAAGCUUUCGGGUUCCAUUCCUUCCUCGUUUGCUGGCCUGCCAAAUCUGCGACACUUGGAUAUGCAGUUUAAUAUUUUGUCGGGUCCCAUACCUCCCUUACUCUUCUGGAGUGAAACUUUACAGUACUUAAUGUUGAAGUCAAACCAGCUCACAGGAGGUUUGUCUGAUGACAUGUGCAAAUUAACGCAGCUUGCCUAUUUCAAUGUCCGCGAAAACAAACUUUCGGGACCACUACCGGCUGGCAUUGGAAACUGCACAUCCUUUCAAAUUUUAGACUUGAGCUAUAACAACUUUUCUGGGGAGAUACCGUAUAACAUUGGCUACUUGCAAGUCAGCACCCUGUCGUUGGAAUCAAACAAUCUUACUGGAGUGAUUCCUGAUGUGUUAGGCCUGAUGCAAGCCCUGGUGAUACUUGACCUAAGCAACAACAAGCUUGAAGGUCAGAUUCCUCGAUCACUAGGAAAUUUGACUUCUCUUACGAAACUAUAUCUGUACAAUAAUAACAUCUCGGGACCCAUACCGAAAGAAUUUGGAAACAUGUCGCGACUGAAUUACCUAGAACUGAGCGCUAAUAGUCUAAUAGGGGAAAUACCAUCCGAAAUAUGCUACCUCACUGGUCUGUUCGAAUUGGAUUUGUCUAAUAAUCAACUGAAGGGUUCUAUUCCAGAGAACAUCAGCUCACUUGCAGCUCUAAAUCUUCUGAACCUGCACGGUAACCAGCUAACUGGAAGCAUUUCUCCAGCAUUGCAGCAGCUUACCAACCUUACCUUACUAAAUCUGGCCUUCAACAACUUCACCGGAAGUGUGCCAGAGGAGAUUGGCAUGAUUGUGAACCUGGAUAUACUAAAUUUGUCGAAGAACAGUCUAACUGGACAAAUACCUCCUUCAAUUUCGAAUCUCGAGCAUCUGCUUGAAAUAGAUCUACAGAACAAUAAGUUGAGUGGAACUAUACCAAUUGCGCUUGGCAACCUGAAGAGUCUUGGCUCCCUUGAUUUGUCGCAAAACCAACUCCAAGGACCUAUCCCUCCCGAGCUUGGCAAACUGCUGGAACUAUCCUACUUGAACCUAUCUAACAAUCAUCUCUCGGGCACUAUUCCUCGAGAUCAAGUCUUUUCCAGAUUUCCAACCAGCAGCUACUUUGGGAACCCCUUGCUGUGCUUAAACUCCACAUCACCUUGUGGACUAAACUCUCAGCAGCCCGGAGAAAUCGCAUCACAACGCCCAGGAGCCCUUGGGCCAUCCGCUACAUGGGGAAUUACGAUAUCAGCACUUAUCCUGCUCGCUCUCCUUACUGUUGUGGCUAUUCGAUAUUCACAGCCACAUGGAUUCAAAAUAUCUUCGAAUAAAACAGCCCAAGGUCCACCAAGUUUUGUGAUAUUUCACCUAGGAAUGGCUCCUCAAUCUUACGAGGAGAUGAUGCAGAUUACGGAAAAUCUUAGUGAAAAAUAUGUGAUUGCGAGAGGAGGUUCAAGCACGGUUUACAGGUGUAGCCUUAGAAACGGCCAUCCUAUUGCAAUUAAGAAGCUUUACAACCAGUUCUCACAGAAUGUGAACGAAUUUGAGACAGAAUUGAUAACAUUGGGAAACAUCAAGCAUCGAAAUCUUGUGACUCUGCGAGGAUUCUCAAUGUCCUCCAUCGGGAACUUUCUCUUCUAUGAUUGCAUGGAUAAUGGAAGCCUUUAUGAUAACCUACACGGUCGUGUGAAAAACAAGCUCGACUGGAACACGAGGCUCAAAAUCGCAUCAGGAGCAGCACAAGGACUGGCGUAUCUUCACAAAGACUGCAAACCCCAAGUUGUGCAUCGUGACGUGAAAUCAUGCAACAUUCUCCUGGACGCAGACAUGGAGCCACAUGUGGCCGAUUUUGGCAUAGCAAAGAACAUCCAGCCAGCUAGGACCCACACAUCCACUCAUGUUAUGGGCACGAUUGGAUAUAUAGAUCCCGAGUAUGCCCAGACGUCUCGCUUGAAUGAGAAGUCAGACGUCUACAGCUUCGGCAUUUUACUUUUGGAGAUUCUCACCAACAAAAAAGCAGUCGACGAUGAAGUGAAUCUCCUUAACUGGGUCAUGUCCCGAUUAGAAGGCAAAACAAUGCAGAAUGUGAUUGACCCCUACGUCACAGCCACUUGCCAAGACCUGGACUCGCUGGAGAAGACUCUCAAGCUGGCCCUUCUUUGCUCCAAGGAUAACCCCUCGCAUCGUCCAUCAAUGUACGAUGUGUCUCAAGUGCUGCUCUCUCUGCUACCACCACAGUACUCAGAUGAUUUUCACACUUCGAAUUCGUUUCCUUCGACUCAACGACGCUACGUUGACAUGUACAGCACCAAGCACACCGAAUCGUUUUCUCUGAGUAAGACCUCAUCUGGGGACACACUUUUGUACCAGUUCAAAGAAGCGAUUUCCGGAGAAUUUCCUCAGCCUCAGGACCAGAAUCUGCAGCGACAUGAUUGACGAGGAAUGGAUAAUCCGAAAACAUAGAAGGGUUGGAUAUGGAUAGUAAUUAGAUCGGCAUGCCGCAUCACGAUCUGCAGCAGGCUGAACUUCUGGUGGUCUUCCGAAACAAUUCGAUGACGUGCUAGUCCUCACAAUGACGAGCAUUUCAUAGAACGAGAACGCAAUGCCUGUUGAAGGAUGCUCUCCAUCCAGACAUCGAGCGGCAAUGAGCGUCAGGCUCGAUCUCAAGCCUUGAAAGCGGUGGAGUGAGCCUGCAAGGUUCUGAUCCAGAACACAUGGAGCACAUCUUGUGGCAAAGUUUUGACAGAGGAUUGCUAGAGGGAUAGAUCUAUACAGAGGCGAUUCUCAGAGAUAAUCGUCCAAAGAGGAUCUCAUCAUAGAAUUGAGAACAUGUGAGGUCCAUGCUCAGUUGUAAUUAUACCACCCUGUUGCUACCAUAUGCACUCUCAGUUUUCAACAUUGAAGUGCAGUUGUACCAAUACUUAAUGUUCCUUUAAAGUCUAGAUUACGGUAGCUUCUCAUGCAGGCUAUUACAUUAAUCUCUUAGACUUGUUCAUGUGGUAAUUAACUAGAUAACUGCGCUGGUUAUGAAGCUUUAGAAAGGAGAAAAUGGAGUUCUAAUAAGCAAGACCCUCCGUAGCUUGCAGACUAUUGUUACAGCAAAUGCAUUCUAUAGUAUGUAUUGUAUCCAGUGUUUUCAGUAAUGAGAAUGUCGGUUCACUUGUAGAAAA